AUGUAAAUUUAGAUGAGUUUAGGAUUAUGAGACACAAUGGAGUGUUUAUCAAACAGUAUACAGCUUUUUGUAUUAAUUUGGAGUUUCAUGAUUUUUCCGACUACUGCGCAUUAUUGUGUAUGGGGCUUGUGUGAAUCAUGGGAGUAUUGUUGCGAUGAAAAUGUGUGCUGCAGCUACAAAGAUUAUGAUAUAUGGAUCACUGUGGUGAUCAUAGCUGGAGUUAUAAUCGGAAUGAUUCUGGCCGGUACAUGUCUUUACUACAAUCUACGUCGUAUCUAUCUCUAUCUACAACAGAAGUAUUGUGGUAUUAAUUCAGUAUCAAUGCCAUCGGAAUUUGAUUCUGAUGAAAAAUCAAUAAAAAUUUCAUUCCAGGGUUAAAUUUCAUUCCAGGAUUAAAAAUCAAUUCUUUAUUGUGUCACA